GAAGAUGCUGGACGCGUUGAAAAGGUGGGAGAAAUUAGAAAUGCCCGCAGCUGGUCCAAGCGCCACUCUAGGCCGUUCCGCAACAACUUCUCAGCAGCGAUCAGUGAGCGCCCUCUUUGCGACGACCACUCGAACGCCUGUCCUGGUGCUGCACGGUGAAUCUGUUGCAGUGGUAGCUGUGGAGUUCUUUCAAAUGGGAGAAGAAACUCUAGCUUCCGCCGUGGCCGUUCCUCAGCCUGAGGAGCAGGAGCAGGAGCAGCCCAUUCAUAAUUCUCCAGAGACGGGCCGUAAGAGGCGGCAGUCUUCUGUUUCAGAUAUCGGUGGCAAGCGACGGCGGAUCAGCGAAGAGCAUGAUCGUUCUCCAAACCAUCCAAGUCGGUCUCCGCCGCAAGAUGCCCCAGACCCCGAUUCAAGAAAGCCUUCGAGAAGGGGUGGCUUAGCAGCAGAGGAACGCAAGCGGAGCCAAAGGCUUUUCGGAGGUUUACUUGGGACACUCUCUCAGAGCUCCUCAAGUGUAGCGGAAAAAAGGCGCGCCGAUAUCGAGCAGCGCCAGCAAGCGAAACUUCGAUUGCAGGAUGAACGACAUAGUGAAGCUCGGCGGAAAAAGAAGGAGGAUAUUGUGGCUGAAAGACAGGCGCAGCAAAAGGAGUUGGAGAAGGAACAGAUGACUAUCAGACAUAAGAAUUUGCUGCACGCGGCAAAUUUUUUGCGGACAAAAAGCACGCCUGUCCUGUUAUGGCUUCCUUACCAAGUACGCCCCGAAGACGACGAUAUCAUCGACAGACAGAUCGAGGAGGUAAAGGAGACUAUUUCCAAGGAAGAAGCAGAAUUCGAAGAGCGCUGGCACCCUGAAGAAGAUCGCAAAGAAGAUCGCAAGAAAGAUCAUAUCGACGAUAAAGAUCAAUCAGCCAACGCAGACACAUCAAUGGAAAAUGGAGAAUCGACAGCCCAUAAACACGAAACCGGGGAUUCUCCGGCAAAGGAUACGCAUUCCAAUCAAGAGAGAGAACCAGAACCGGCUACGGUCGACACCGUGCCUUCUACAACUAACGAAGAGCAAAGAGCCGACAAUGCGACUCAUACUGGAUCCUCCCAUCGCCACGAAGACGACGGCGAAGAAGUCAUGGAAGAUGACAAAGAGGAUAUGGUCAUUUACUAACUCAUUUAAUUUCUGCUUCCGUGGUACUUUCCUCCUAUACUAUUGUUUACGCUGUCUCCCGUCAUGACGAUUCUGUUGAGACUGACGGCGAGCGUUCUUCAUGUAUCACUAUGCCAUGCAAUUUCUUGUGUCAUCUGUAUAUUAUUAUCGACCGUCUACUUCUUAUGGCUUAUUUUUUCUUCCAUUGAGGCACUGAGUGACUGACCAAAGAUGGCACGUGACCGCCUACCUCGGUCCGGUUAAUACUCCCCUUUGUAAGCAACAAGCUCCGAUGAAUAACUUCGA